AUGAAAGUGAAAUCAAGAAUUUAAUUACGUUUACCAAAACAUUCUGGACAUUUGCAAACAGAGGCAAGUUAAGAUUAAUUGUAAUCUACAAAUGAUACACGAUUUAAAGGUGAUUUGACUUGUAGAUCUACUUUUAAGGGAAAGAAUGGUAUAAAAGAAGCUUUGAUGAUAUCAAAUAUAAAAUUAGCAUUUUAAGAGGAAAUAGAUAAAAUUAAGGAGGAAAUAAGGAUACCUGAAAAGUAAUAAUAAUUGAUGUAAGUGUUUAUAUGAUUAUAUAAGUACUGAGAUGUUAUAAUAAAAUAGAGUUAUCAUUCAGAAUACUCUAAUAUAAUUAAAUUAAUUAUUUUUAGAAAGGAAGGAUAGAGAUUAGGCAAUAAAAAUAAUCAAUGAAAUAAGCAAUUAAGUAUUGAAAUCUAAGAUUCCAGGUAUGAUCACAAGUAAUUAUAGACUUAAAAAUAUUCAUACACCUUAAAUUAGCUAAAAUUGUAUGCAGUUAUAAAUUGCUCUACUUUAGCAUAAUAUUAACCAAAAUAGUAAAGAGAAUGUCUGAUAAUGAACAUUUAUUAAAAUAUAAAUUAUUGGCUUACAAACUUUUAGGAAUCUGUUUUUUUAAAUUAAGGAAUCGAUAAUCAAAAAUAUAUUUUACUAAAUAUUUGAUGUGUAGUUGGAAAUUAAAUAAAAAGAAUCAUGAAUUGAAAGCUUAUGAAUAUUUAGGGAAGUACUAUUUUUAAGAGGGAGAUGUAGACAAGGCCACAACAUUUCAUGAGAGAAUGGUAAAUGGAGCCAUUUUAGUAAUAUAUCCAAAUAAAAUAAUUUAAGUUACCUCAUUCAUCUUUGAGAGUAUUGGGCAUACGUAAAUUGGAAUAAGGAUCAAUUGGAAAGGGCAAAAAGAAUUAUGGAUUGGUAGAAUAUCAUGAAAUUAAUGUUUCUAGUGAUGCAGAAGGAUUUGAAUUAGUAUUUAAUGAUGAUGAUUCUUUACCAAAUAAAGUUGCAAUUAAAAAAAUGGAUCAAUUGGUUUAGAAUGGAUAAAGACAAAGUCUUAUUAAUUAUCCUAUUAGAAAGAAUUUAAUAUUUCAACAUAGGAGUUUACAUCAAUUAGAAAAUAAAAUCAAGACUCGAAAUACACAUCAAUUACCAGUGAUGUUGAAUCAUUUAAGUCCUAAUAGAUAAUUGGUAAAUUAUUAAUUUUUGGAAUUAAACAAAGCAGUACCAAAUUAUAAACAGACUCAAAAUAUAGAUCCUUAUUUUGAAAGAAAAGAUACUCAAAGCAUUGCAAAUUUAAUAGUUAAACUAUCUCGUGUUUUAGAAUAAGUGGACAUUUGGAUUAAAUUAUGAAUAUAUAUAAUUAUUUAUAUAAUGGAAAAGUUAUAUAUAGAGUAGAUCACAAAAUAAUAAGAGGAAAUCGAUGAACAGUUAAAACAAGCUUAAAAUUAGUAAUGUAGAGAUUGAGAUCAAAUUUAGAUGUUGAAUAUGUAUCAUCUAAGUUGGAUGAUAUUCUGAAAUUUCAAUAGUAGGAGAAUUCAAGUUUAUAAUCAUCUAAGUAAAUGACAGUACCAAUUGAAGAACUUGUUGGAUUAGCUAAGGAAUUAGAUGGGAGAUUCUAAAGGUCUAUAAGAUAGCUUUAGAUAAAAUAAGUAUGAAUUUUUGAUUAAAUUAAAAGGACUAAUUAGAGAUUGAGCAAAGUUAAUGGAAGAAUUAAUUGAGAGAGAAGGAAUAAUAGCAAUUAUUAUAAUUAGAAUAAGAGAAAAGUCAGAUUGAUAAAUAAUUUAAAGAAAGAUUGAGGACUAUUCAUAUGAAAUGA